UGAACGUGCCCACCGCGCAGCUCGCCCUGCUCGAGGCGUGCGGCCCGGGCGACCGCCGCGUGCCGCAGGGCCGCAAGCGCCCCUACACCCGCUUCCAGCGCGAGUACUGAAUGGACGCGCUCAGGCAGCUGCUGCGCAUGGUCGAGGAGAUCAUGGAAGGCGACCCGCGGGAUCGCGGGUAUAACCGGCUGGCCCAGCAGCUGCAGCCCGGCCGCCCGCUCUACUCCGUAAACAGCGUGACGUACGAGCUGGCGGGCACGCUGCCAGAGAGCCAGGCGGGCGUGGUGGCGGCGGCAUUCUUGCGGGAAGCUAAGACGCCCUUCGCGCACUACGGCUGGGGGCUUGACUGCUGGAUGCCGGCGUAUAAGUCGUACCUGGCUGAGUAUCUCAGGGAUGUGCGGCCGAUUUAUGGAGCGUUGUUUGAGGAGCACCGGCAGAAGGAGCUGGCGAGCGCGACGAGGAAAGCAGAAGGGGCGAAGCAGAAGCGGGAGCUGGCAAAGGAAGCGAAGGAAGCGAAGGAGAAGAAGCGGAAGCGGGAGAAAGAGCGGAGGGAAGCUGGCGCUACGAGGCUGAAGAGGUUGAAGAGGGAUUCCUAAAGACGGUGAAAUAUGCGGGUGGUGAAUUUGGUCUUCGAGCUUUAGAUUGAUCUAAAAGCGUUACAAUAGUACCAUCACACCAGAGAUUGGCGAGAACUGUUGCCUCGACUGCAAUUUUGGCUGGUGCGGCGGAGCUUUCCUGGAGGAAUGGUCCCUCCUCUCCUUUCUUCGAUUUUCUUUCCUUGCGAUUUGGACUGUGGUUCGGUAGUUUGCACCUGGGCCCUAUGAAACAGUAAUCA